UACCCAUGGCCAAAUAUCCCGUUAUACAGCGUACAGGUUUCAAUGAGGUUGCAUCACACUGUCAUAAAUAUGCACCAGCAGUGUGCAGUAAUGAACUUUUAGUGCAUUUAUCUGUGGCAUAUGGUUCACAUACACAGGGAACUGAGCGACAUUUUUACCAAAGUCACAUGCUAAACCCUCCCUACCUAAUGGGCCCGGGUCAGGUGCGGACCAGCCUUGGCGUUCAGCCAGCUGCUGGUACAAGUGGGGGCAGUGAGCAGCUGCAGGCCGAUUGCUCCCAGGAGAGCCAGGGGGUGGAUAGGGACAUCGAGGAGGAGCCACCAUCCCAACAGCAGCCCCAACCAGCCCCUCAGGCCAAGAAAAGGCGCCAAAGCAACGGCCAGGCACUACUGUCAAGCGUCCUGGCAAACCUAGAGGCAGCAGAAAGAAAUCGACAAAGAAGGCACGAGGAACGUCUCGCUGCUCUAAAGGAGGCGGAAACAAACCGCAAUAAGUGCCUGCAGGAGCGCAACAGUAUUCUUUUGAGGCUGGCCACCGCUCUUGAAGAGAGACGUGUUCCUGGUGCGUCCGAAGACUAGGCAAAUAAGAACUGUGCCU